UGCUGUGGAAGUUGACGUUGACCAGAGAAACUAUAUGGCUCUUAAUCUCAACUUGGACAGUCUUGCACCUAUUUUUAAAGAAGAAUUCAGUGAACUUCGAAAUGUCGAACGGAGUGAUAUAGAGUUUUUUAUCUAUUGUCACACCAAACCUCUUUUAUCGGAUGUUUCUCUUGCAGGUCUGACUACAACUGCCGCAUCGUCACUCGUCAUCCGAUACCCGCUGUCUGAUUCUAGCUAUGCUCAUUAG